AUGGAAGGUUUGAAUGGAAUAUGUGGCUUCGAAAUGAUCUCUCAGCCGAAUAAAACAGUAGUUUCCUUCAUUGGAUCCAAUCAAACAUUUUCCUGGAAUUUUAAACUAACUGAGGAGGAGAAAUCAAAGAAAGUGGAAGUUGUCUUUGCCAGUUGGAAUAAAAAAUAUGACUACAUAACUGGUGACCACUGGGUAACAUAUGUUCGAGAAUCAAACGGGAGCGAAUCAGUAGUCAAAGAUAAAGAGGCAUUAAUCGCAAGGCGUUUAAAAUGGGUGGGAGACUUGGCACGUGGCUUCGUGGCUUACCAACUUCUGAACGUUCAACAACAAGAUACUUCAGAUUAUGGGAUUAGGUUCCGAGUUUCCGGUUCUUCUAGAUCUGUGGAAGAUGGGUUUACUCUUUCUGCUCAGGUUCCAACUCCACCACCAACGAAGUCACCAGAUAAACCGAGAAUACUCAAACGUAGGAAACAAGUGACUUUGGAGUUAACAGGAGGAAAUUCAACCACGCUUGAGUGUACUGCCGAUCCUUUCCCAAUCUUCACUUGGCACACAAAUUCAACCACGCUUGAGUGUACUGCCGAUCCUUUCCCGAUCUUCACUUGGCACACAAAAGGUGGAGAUAUUAAGCAAGGCUUUUCAACUACUUCAAACUCAAGUUACUUGGCAGUUACUCCAAUAAAUGACAGUGACGUGAAAAACUACAUGUACAAAUGCGUAGCAACCAAUAGGUUAGGAUUUGACUCGGUGACGUUCACUUUGAUAGAAAAGGGUAUCACCAAAGUUACGGGAUCACAUGAUAAACCCGAACCAGUCUCAUCCAAAGAUGUCAGUGCAGAGAAUGGAGAGAAACAGUCCUUGGGAUUGCAAGUCAUACGCAACGAGCCUGUUUUAUAUGGAGCUUGCAACUUACCCUCCACCGGUGACCCUGAAUGGGAAAUACCACGAGCAAGGCUGAAUGUAGAGAAGGUUAUUGGGCAUGGUGCAUUUGGCGUGGUGUCACGAGGCUUGGCGUUAGAUCUGCCGGGAAAACCAGGAUGGACUGAUGCUUCUGGAAAAGAAAAGAAAGACCUGUUGUCUGAGAUGUCAUUCCUUAAACACCUUGAUCCUCACCCUCACGUCAUUCGCCUGUACGGCUGUGUUACUACUGAAGCCCGGCGUCUCGUAGUUGUCGAGUAUGCGCAGUAUGGUGACUUGCUUGAGUACCUCAGGAAGAGCCGAGGAGUUCGAGAUAACUACUACAGUAAUCCCUCGUUCAAACCUCGCACCGACCUUACCUCCAAGCAGCUACUACGAUUCGCAUGGCAGAUCAGUGAUGGAAUGGACUACUUAUCGAAGAAAAAGGAUAGAUCUGAUAUGAAUAUCAUUGAUCGUGACUUGGCCGCGAGAAAUGUAUUGGUUGGUGACGAAGACGAUUGCAAAAUCACGGAUUUUGGAAUGGCCAGAGAUGUCUGGGAAGAGGACAUAUAUGUUCGAACCCAUGAGGGCCGUCUUCCGAUUAAAUGGACGGCACCCGAGGCUCUAUUUGGAAGUGGUGCAUACACGACACAGAGUGAUGUGUCAGGAAUCUACUUUUCUAAACAAGAACCUUUCAACUUCUAA